AUGACCGACUUGUGUGAACAACCACUUGGGCUACUUUGUGAGGUGGUACGACGAGAACUGGUACAUCUGCUCGAAUCACUGCCAGGAAUGAAGGAUCUGGUCGUCGACGCCACACUGCUCCGUCCGCUAGAUCGCAUAGCAUCGAUGAGUUUACUGCAAAAACACGGUUGUCAGCGGGUAAUUCCUCUUCGACUGAAUUCUCCCACUGCCAUCCCAUGGCAUCCGAAUGUGAUGCGUCGUGUAUAUCUACUUCGUAGUUCGUUGGAUAUUGCUCGAUUACUAGCUGAGCAUGUGCGUGCUUCACCCGAUAGGCAAAUUGCAGUCAUUUGGGUGGAUAGACGAUUGGUUGUUUGCGAACGUGAACUUGAACGCCAAGGAGUAUAUGGGCAAGUAGAAUCGUUCGAGCUCAGUAUCUCAUUUAUCUCUCUAGAAAAUGACCUUUUUUCGAUGGAAAUGCCUGCCACAACUGCUCAUAAAGACCUGCUAGCAUCCGCUAAUGCCUUGUUUCAAUUGCAGUCGUUAUAUGGCCUCAUACCAACAGUUUACGGUCUAGGAGAGCAAACGGAGAAGCUGUGGAAGUUAAUGCACCACGUCUACCUCGAACGAGGCGAACCGCGCUCAUCACCGGAUCAACCAAUCAGUCAUCUGUUCAUGUUUGACAGAUCAUUGGACCAGGCCACAGUGCUUAUGACUGGUCUCACCUACGAAGCGAUGCUUCAUGAGGUGUUCACUAUUGGAUGUGGGAAGAUUUCGUUUGGGCCUGAGGUUGAGGAGAGAAUGCGACCCGAGAUCGAACAAGGGGAGGCGGUGAAGAAAUCAAGGGUAUACGUUCUUGACAACAAUGAUGGAGUUUUUUCGUCGAUUCGAAACAAGCAUAUGACCGGAGUGUUCCCAUUCCUCAGCUCAAAAGCCAAGGAAAUUCAAUCGGAUUUCAACAAAGGUGCCUCGAUAGAUCAAGUUCGAGAUAUGAAACAGUUCGUUGCGCAUGAGCUGAAGUCGCUAAAGCUUCAACACCGUCAGUUGGAAAUGCAUAUUUGUGCUUGUGAAGUGUUGCUUGAGAAGAACGGAGCUGCUGGAGCUAGCGAUCGUUUACGAUUCGAGCAUGAGUUGGUCGCGGGCACAGCCAAUAUCGCAGAUGUGAUCUCAUACCUCGAAGACUGUAUGCUGCGUGAACUUCCGUCCUGGCAGGUUCUAUCAUUGGCAUGUCUAGCCUCUUUGGCUCAGAAUGGCCUCCCCGCUAAGCAUUUCCAGUCUUUUCGAGACCACUUCUUUAGGACAUACGGAUAUGAAUAUCUUCCCAUACUUCACAGUCUCACUUCGAAACGUCUUCUUACCGAGAAACCUCGUCCAAUAGUGGGUGGUGCAGGACCACCCGCACCUUCUUCGCCAGCGACUGGUGACUCCUUACCGACAUUACCUUUUCUCAUAAAGAGACUGAAUCUGGUUCCCACUGCAGAAGAUGCGGCUGUGGACCUACGCAAUCCUUCUACGAUGAGUUACGUCUUCUCCGGUGCUUUCACGCCACCUUUUUGUCAAGUCGUUGCUAAUGCAGUGGUGCACGGCUGGAACACAAAUGAGUUAAAAAAGACCUUUGGGCGAGUUCUUGUCGAGGAGAACAGCUACAUCCCGGCGGACCGCCGUCCUGACAAUCGUAUGAGAAAAGCAAUACUUGUCUUUUUCCUGGGAGGCGUGACCUAUGCAGAAGUAGCCGCUCUACGCCUGUUGGCUGUGCAGAAUAACUUCAGAAUUCUUAUUGCCAGCACUAAUGUUAUUCAUAGGGAGACUUAUAUGAAAUACAUGAGCGAUAUAGACCCGCGUAUGAUUUAA